AUCGCUGGGCACCGCCGGCACCUCUAUGAUCGCCGGAGUCGCGCGGGUCCCUGGGCCCGGCAGGGCACACGCACGGAGGCUUCAUCUACACCCCCCAGGAAUUCCCUGACGCCGGUUCCUGGAAGACGGGCCUCGAACCCUGCCCCCGGGAUCAGCCAGCAGCCCCUCGGAAUCCUCAGCCUUGGCCCUGCUGAGCCAGCCCGGGUCUGGGUCCCGGGUCGGGGCAGGCUGACACAGUCCUCCCCUGACACCUGAAAGAUGGCGUCGGGACAAGGCCCAGGCCCUCCCGGGGAGGGCUGUGAAGAGCCCUCCUCUCCCUCGACUUCCGAGCAGCAGGUAGCCCAGGACACAGAGGAGGUGUUCCGCAGCUACGUCUAUUACAGCCACCAGCAAGAGCAGGAGGCCCAGGGGGCAGCUGCUCCUCUUGACCCUGAAAUGGUCAACUUACCUCAAGACCCUAACAGCGUUAUGGGGCAGGUGGGCCGGCAGCUCGCCAUCAUCGGAGACGACAUUAACCGGCGCUUUGACUCCGAAUUCCAGAACAUGCUACAGCAGCUGCAGCCCACAGCCGAGAACGCCCCCGAGCUCUUCACCAAGAUCGCCUCCAGGUUGUUUGACAGCGGCAUCAGCUGGGGCCGUGUGGUGGCUCUCUUGGGCUUUGGCUACCGCCUGGCCAUGCACAUCUACAAACAUGGCCUGACUGGGUUCUUCAGUCGAGUGACUCGCUUUGUGGUCGACGUCAUGAUGCGUCACUACAUUACUCGGUGGAUUGCACAGAGAGGUGGCUGGGCGGCAGCUCUGAACCUUGACCAUAGACCUAUCUUGAAUGUGUUAGUGGCCCUGGCUGUGGUUCUGUUGGGCCAGUUUGUGGUACGAAGAUACUUCAAGUCAUGACUCCUAGGCUGGCCCUUUGGGGUUCCAGCUACGACCUCCAUGUGGACUUCAACCCAACCUUCUCCCUCCCCCUUCUUUUCUGUAAACCUGUCCCUCCUGGCUCCAAGACCACAGAAGCUUUAGCAAAUGGGCACUCCAGUUUGGAGUCCCUACCCAGGGGUCAUUCAGGCUGGGUAGCCACUCCAACAUUACAAGGUGCUAACAGGCUCCCUUCUCUGGGCCCCAUCCUGUCAGACAGGGGCUAUAGCCUCCUCCCUUAGCUCUCUAGUGUUGGAUGCUGGGGAGGCUGAUGUCAGCAAGAGACUGGGGACCAUGUCUUUCCAGGAAGUUUGGGGUUGUGUUUUUUUUAAAUAGUUUUAGCUUUUUAUAAUACCCUUGGGAGAUGCUUCCCUCCCUUUCCCAUCAUUGCCCAAAGUCAAGACAUCAAUGCCAUGAGGCUUGGUGAGUCACCUCCACCCUCCACAUUCCCUAGGAUCAGUUUCUUCUACAAUGUCAGAGCCUAAGAGAUGAGACUUGAGCCUUCUUGGCCCCGCCUAAAAAUGGCUUCCCACGAGCAGGACUGGCUGAAGAUGGGGGCCAAGGUCCUGUUCAUCUCCUUUAUCCCUACUCUACCACCCCAUAUUGCCUUUGUAGUUGAACUCUCAGGGAUUCUGGGCCCAGGAUGGGGGGGUAGAGGUGGGUGGGAGAACAGACCAGAGCUGUCCGAAUGUAUCCAUCAGGAGUCUUGAAGCCUGCCCCCAGUUCUCAUCCUUCCUCGCCCCUAAUCCCCAUGGCUCCCAGCCAAGUCACUACAGAUGCAGAGUCUUGCCUGCUCUCUGGGACCUUGGAUGUGCAGGCCUCCAUCCUUCCCACACUGCAGGGCCUUAGAUAUGGCUUAUCAUUACUGAGGAAAGGAGUAAGGACUCACCUGGAGGUGUUUUGAGAGGGAGAGGGGUAAAUCACCAGGCGGGACUCCCCUAGCUGGGACUCUUCCCUCAGGGCCUGGGUAGGGAGUAAUCCCGGGGGAACUGAGAAUACUUGAACUGGACCCAGCCCCACCCUCCAUGUUCCAGGCUGCCUAGGCCCUCCUGGGACUGAGGUGGGGCACUUUCUCUAUCUUGCACAGCCUCGGGGAUUGGGGAUUAAAUGAGGGAAGUUCUUGAUUAAGCCAAAUGAUGGAAGGGGAUACAGAUGGAACCUUCGGGCCACCCCACCCCCCACCCCCAUCCUCCGGCUGUGUUUGGAAAUAAACUGUGCAAUCCCCCA